GAAAAGGUUAUCAUCAUGUGAUUUAUCAUAGAUAUAUUAAAUGUAUUUCAAAAUUAAUAAUACUAAAUCUGGUGUUGAAUAACAUUAUUGUAUAUUUAAAACAACAUACGUCAGUCGAAAAAGACAAUACGGUGUCUACUCAUGAAUGAUUCUUUUUAAAACAAAAGGUUUAAAGGAGCACGUUUAUAUUAUAAACACAGUUAAAACUACAAAAUUCGAAUUUACCUAUAUACAAUAUGGCAGCGUUUAAUGUCAAUAUCGGAAAUAAAAUGGUGAUGCAGAGUGCCCUUCAAAAUAGUACUCCAGGAAGAGGACACUUCCACGAAUAUGUUGAUGAAACUUGUGGCUGUCUUGGGAAAUCCAAGAGCUCUAAGAAAAAAUCAGAAAGGCAGAGAAUCAAGCAAUUUAGCAUUUGGUUCGAAGAGAAAGAUGCUGCAAGACAAAAGACUUAUGCACAGCGAAGAUUUGACAGAGAAGCUAUAAGAGAGAAAAGAAAAAAACGAGUCCGGUGUUUUCGAAAAUUGUUAAUUCCUACAGCUAUUUGUUGGUUGGUUGGUUUUGUUCUAAUAAUGGGGAGCACCGUUCGCAGUCUCGGCGAAGGAACGAUAUUUUGGACUAUGCGAGAUAAAUUACACAUUAUCGGUCCUGUUGUUUUGGGUACAGGAUUGGUCCUUUUAAUGUUAACAGAAGGCUGCAUAAGUAAUCACCAGACGAAAAUAAGAAAGCUUGAAUCGAUUAUUCUAACACCGGAAGUGAAUAUUGUGGUCAACGGCAAAGGAACCAUGCCCGUGAAAAAUAUUAAAAAUCCUGGGCAAAAAACUUUGAAAACUAUUUCAGGUAAACUGCCUCAACUACAGAAAGCGAAAAAGGCCGACAAAUCAACAGAGACUACACCAUUCUUAUCAGAAGAUGAAGAACAAGCAGUUAGACCUAAAACAUACUCAUUCUCACAAAACAUGGAAUCAACUAAGACAACGGUGCACGUAUCAACAAUGAAACAUCCCAGUGAAAUAUACAACGAAGAUUAUAAGUUGCCAUCACUAACAACAGCAAACUUAAUUGAAAGUGAGAAAACUGCUUUAGAUACUGAGGAAAAUAUCGUUACUGAAUAUGAACAAUUACUUAAUGCAACCAAAGAAGACAACGACCAUAAUUUACUUGGAGCAAUUGCAUUAGAUAUUGACAAUGGAAAUUAGUAACAUUUACUAAUUCUGAUAAUUUUUCAACAGUUUGCUCAGUAAGAUUAAGGUCGUUCAUCAUUGCAUUUAUAAGAUUUAAGAAUCCUUUUUACUGACAUAGGAAGAUUACCUCUCACCUCAUCAAAAUCACAUGUGUAUAUAGUGCUGCUUUUAUCAUGGUAAAUGCCGAUAAAAUUCGGAAAUCCGUUUAAAUUGUAGUAUUUUUUCUUCUUGAAGAAACGAAUGGCUUGUGUUCUUUAAAUCAUAAACCAUCCUUAAAUUUUAGCAUCAAUGUUAUGCAGAUAUGAUGAUAAAAUCAUAAGAAUAAUAAAGUCGUCGUGUGGGUUUUAUAAUGUUAUAAAUCCACUUUUUUUCAGAAUUGAGAUAUUCAGUGUCAAAGUCAAGCAUAUCUGUAUUUGUUCGUAAUCCUGUGAAGUGGCAUAUCAAUGGAUAUUGUAAAUUAUGAGUGGAUACUUGAUUAAUUUCUUUCUUCCUAAUUGUCAAUAUUUGUUUAAUAAAAGUACUAGAAGGA